AAUAUGCCCUUCAUGAUACACUGUCACAUCGGAAAAGAGAUCAAACACAUUUGCAGCAACUGCAGUCGCGGGAACGAAACCCAGGACGCAGAGGAGGUUGAAAGGCGGGCCGCAAUGCGUUCCGAGUCCCUGGUCUCUGGCACACACACCCCGCCCAUCCGCCGCCGGAGCAAGUUUGCCACUCUGGGCCGUCUCUUGAAGCCCUGGAAGUGGAGGAAGAAGAAGAGUGAGAAGUUCAAGAAGACCUCUACCGCGUUGGAGAGGAAGAUGUCGGUAAGGCAAAGCAGAGAAGAGCUGAUCAAGAGAGGUGUGCUGAAAGAGAUCUUUGAGAAAGGUGAGAUGCUUUCCUCAUUCACUUCAUCAUCAACUGUGGAGUUCCGAUCCUCGAUGGAGGGUGGAGUCUGCACUCGGGAGCCCUCUAGUAUGAAGUCGUCCAUGGUCCUGCCUUCCAAGAAAUCUGUUGGUUUCCCCAGCAACGUUCAGGACAACGUCGCCAAGACCCCCAUGUACCACAAACAGCCCCCUGCGCUGCCCCCCAAACCUUUCAACAGGAUCCCCAACCACAGCACAGACUCUUGCCAGCAGAUGAAGCUGCCUUGUAUGCCAGGCCAGGGAGGCAAGCUAUCUCCUCCUCUACCUCCCAAGAAAGUGAUGAUCUGUGUGCCUCAAGGGGGAAUGGACAACUCUUGCUCCUCACCCUCUCCCCUCAGCACCUUCUCCCAGACGAAGUUCCCCCCUCCCCAUGGCCACCUCCAAGGCCAUCCCCUCCACCAUGGCCCUCUGCUGCCCUCGCAUCUCACAUCCCUAGCCAACCUCCACCAGGGGCUCCAGGGGGGCGGGAAGCACCAUAACCACGGACACGCACACAACCAAGGCCACCAGCUCCAUCUGCAGUACGGCUCCAUGCAAGGCCAUGCCCCCAGCCGCAUAAUCGAGGAGCUCAACAAGACGCUGGCCUUCAACCUGCAGAGGCUGGAGAACAAUGCAAUGCAUUCUGGUCAGUGUAGUCUUCUGGACAGAAGCCAGGUGCCCUCUGAGGUCAUCGACGAGGACGACAAAGAGAACAUGCCCAACGAGUCUGACUAUGAGGACCUGCCCAGCAUGUACAAAAACGAGGAUGAUGAGGAUGAUGAGGAUGAUGAAGAUGAUGACGAGGAUGAUGACUCGCUCUUUACAAGUACCCUGGGUCUGAAAGUGUUGAGGAAGGAUUCUCUGGCUGUCAAGCUGAGUAACCGUCCAUCUAAGAGCGAGCUGGAAGAGAAGAACAUCCUGCCCAUGCAGACUGAUGAGGAGAGGCUGGAGUCCAGGCAGCAGAUAGGCACCAAGCUCACACGGCAGUUGAGUCAGAGGCCCAGUGCUGAGGAACUGGAACAGAGGAAUAUCCUGAAACCGCUCAAUGAACAGGAGGAGUUGGAGGAGAAGAGGGAAAUAAAACGCAGAUUAACUCGAAAGCUGAGCCAGAGGCCUACGGUGGAGGAGCUGAGACAGGCUAAGAUCCUGAUCCGCUUCAGUGACUACGUAGAGGUGUCCGAUGCCCCGGAACACGACCGACGGGCAGACAAACCCUGGACCCGCCUCACGGCAGCCGACAAGGCAACCAUACGGAAGGAACUCAACGAUUUCAAGAGCCAUGAAAUGGAAGUGCAUGAGUCAAGUCGCCAUUUAACCAGGUUUCACAGGCCGUAG